CUUCCUCGUCUCGUUCGUUCAUGGCGUCCGCUAUGGUCAACAACGUCGCCCUCCCGCCGCUGCCGGAGGCCUUCCCCUGGUUCAGCCCUCGGAUCUCAUUCAGCCACGACUCCGCCGACCCCACCCCCGUCGCCCCGCGGGAGGGCCGCCCCGACGGCCAUGCGGAGGACUUCGAGUUCCGCCUCCACGAUGACCCCGUCACGAUGCUACCCGCCGACGAGCUCUUCUCCGGCGGCAAGCUGGUGCCCAUGCAGCUGGCUGCGCCGAAUCCGGCUCCGGAGUCGGAGAUCGCCCGGUCGGAGCCCCCUGAGACGGCGCGGAAGGUGGACAUCGCCGGUCCCGACUCCUACGCGUUCUCCCCCCGCGCGCCCAGGUGCACCACCCGGUGGCGCGAGCUCCUCGGCCUCAGGAGGGCCCUCGCGAAGCCGCCUGGUGUCCAUGUAACCGCCCCCGUGCCCUCCGCUGCGGCCCCCGCCGCUUCCAAGAAUCCUAUCCCUCGGUCGUCUAUCAAGCAUCUGCUACACCGCCACCACAAGCCCGCUUCUCCGGUCGCGUCGCUGAGCCUCCCUCUCCUCCGCGACUCAGAUCGCGAGUCCGUGGCGAUCGCCUCCCGGAUCUCCCUCUCCUCCUCCUCUUCCUCGUCCUCCUCCGGCCCCGACCACGAGGACCUCGGGAGGCUCUCUAUCGACUCGGACAAACCCAGCCGCGUCCCUCCCCGGGUCCGCCUAGCCCGGCCGCGCCCCGCAACCCCAGCGUCAUCGAGGGUCGGACUCCGGCCGGCAGAACCAGCAGCGCCGGCCCCGCCGCGGGGGGCAUCGGUGGACAGCCCGCGGAUGAGCUCGUCGGGGAAGAUCGUGUUCCAUGGCCUGGAGCGGAGUUCGAGCAGCCCUGGGAGCUUCACUGGCGGCCCGAGACCGCGGCCGCGCGGGGUGGAGCGGUCCUACUCCGCCAACGUCCGCGUCGCUCCGGUCCUCAACGUCGUCCCCGUCUGCUCCCUGCGCGGGUCGGGCAAGCCUGUCUCCGUCUUGGGUCUCGCCCACGUGUUGUCGCCGCAGCAGCAGAAGGACCGGAUCGGCUCGGCCCGUAACCGGGCUGAAUUGGCCCGGUCGGCCCGGCGUCGAGACCAAAUCCGCACCCUUCCCCAAAAAUAUUUUUAGAAAACAGUAAAUGAAAAAGAAUUCCAAUAAUAGUUAUUUUUAAUCCAAAAAAAUCCUCCUCAUGUUGAUUUGCUCUUUCGAUCUCUCACUCUCUUUCCUGUAAAUAUAUCAGGAUAUUUUUUAUGCUAUUCAUCAGUUGUUUGUGUCUAUAUAUUAGGAAAUUAAAGAAAUAAAGAUAAAACCGGUUCGGAUCAAUUCGAUUCCGGUUCGGUCCACGACCACUGCGCCCUUCGACCGAUCCGUAAUGAAAUGCGUUUCCCUACAACAGUUCCGGCCAGCCUUUGUUUCUGAGAACGAGCAGCAGUAGAAGCAACUAUAGCCAUGGCGACCUGCGCACCUGCUCGCUUCCUUCGUUUACUCCGCCUCUGUUGUCUCAUGGCGGACGACGGGGAAAGCCUCGUCCUGAUGAUGUGAUCGGACGGCUCGUAUUCUCUUGGUCUUCCUUU